AUGAAGUACCAGCGUCGUUCGGAGAAGUACCGCAGCGCCAAGACGCGCACCAAGGACUGGGCCGAGCUUUCCAGCCGCCUCAACGAGGACGAGCUCAAGUACCAGUCGGCUCGUUGCAUGGACUGUGGUGUUCCUUUCUGCCAGUCGGAGACUGGUUGCCCCAUCUCCAACAUCAUUCCCAAGUGGAACGAGCUGGUCUUCCAGAACCAGUGGCAAGACGCCCUCAACCGUCUCCUGAUGACCAACAACUUCCCCGAGUUUACCGGCCGUGUCUGCCCUGCUCCUUGCGAGGGUGCCUGUGUUCUUGGCAUCAACGAGGAUCCCGUUGGCAUCAAGUCGAUUGAGUGCGCCAUCAUCGACCGUGGCUUCGACAUGGGCUGGAUGGUUCCCCGUCCUCCCAAGGUGCGCACUGGCAAGAAGGUCGCCAUCAUCGGCUCCGGCCCCGCUGGUCUCGCCGCUGCCGACCAGCUCAACCGCGCCGGUCACCUGUGA